AUCAUAACUAUUGGGGGGCUAUAGACAUGCCAAAUCCAAAAUACAACUUUACUCGGCACACUCAUUGUUCUCACCGCGCACGGUGUGCACCUUCUUCAGCCGACGCCACCGUGCGACGAAACCGGGAACGCAACCCAACCCAACCCAAGCCGGGUCCAACGGCAAAUCCACUUGUGUAACCUAUAACUGAAACGCAAACCAAUCGAAUCGUCCCAGACGCGGUCAAUUGCACUGCCCACUUCCUGCAGGUAUCAUUGUCGAUCGCCUCCCUCCGUCCACGACUCCAUCUUCUUCUCCUCUUCUCUUCGUCUCCGAACCUUAUUUAAGCCCGCGGCGGCCGCGGCGUCCCUCCCCUGACGGAGGAAAGGAAAGAUCCCAUCUUCCCGCCCGGACACCUGCACCGCCUCCGCCAACCUACUUCCCAUUUCCAAGAAGCCCGCCCGAGCUUAAACAAACCAAAAGGGAAAGCAAAGGAGGACGGCGGGUGCGCGCGUCGGCGUCGGCCGCGAGAAUUUAGCGGCCGCCGCGGGCUUCCUCGUCAUCGCUGGCGGCGACGGGGAUGAGAUGAGAUGAGAUGGGCAUGAGGUGCAAGAGGCACCCGUUCCAGGCCGGCGGCGGCGUCUGCGCCACGUGCCUGCGGGACCGCCUGCUCGUGCUCGCCGCCGCGCAGAACGACGCGUCGUCGACGCCGUCCACUCCUCCCGCCACCGCUCCCCCUCCGCCCGCGGAGGCGGCGCCGGCCCCGGCGUUCCCGAGGUCCGUGUCGCCGUACGUGUCCCGCAGGAAGUCCGACUCCUCGGGCGGCGCGCUCAGGCACCACCCGAGCCUGCUCUUCUUCCGGACGCCGCAGGUCGGCCCCGCCUACGGCGGCAGUGCCCCGCUCGAGGAAGGCGACAUCGGGUACCACAAGCCGCGCGCCGGGAAAUUCUCCGUGCUCGCCACGCUCUUCGGCAGCCACCACCACCGCCGCCACGGACCGGAGGACAAGGACAAAGCCAAGGAGCGCAAGAAGAGCCGUUCCUGGCUGGCCGGGAUCAUCCCGCGCCGUCGCAGGAAGCAGGUGCCGGCCGACGCCGUGCUGCCCGCGUCGCCGCCGCCCAGGCGCUCCUGCCGCGUGGUCAGCAACCGGGGGCUGUCGCCGGAGCGGUGCAGUCAGGGCAGCGGCGAGGAGAGCAGCUCGCCCGCCGACCCCCCGUGGCGGCCGUCCCCUUCCCCGAUGCGGAGGACCCCAUGCCGGCGCCGCCAGACCAGCAGCAUGCCGUCGGGAUUCGCCGUGUGCCUCAGCCCGCUGGUGCGGCCCAGCCCCGGACGCCGCCACCGCGCCGCGCAGCCGCCGGACUCGGGCACCUUCUCCUCCGAGCUGCGGCCGUCGCCGCUCCACAGCGCCGCCUCCGUCGGACGCUGCCGCUCACGGAAGCUCGCCGACGGCGCUCGCUUCCGGUGAUCCCUUCCUUUUCCUUCUUCUCCUUGAUUCUUCUCUAGUUUUCCUUCAUCACCCAACCCCAAUCACCACUCUUACUAGUAGCUUUCUGUGGAUUUUUACAUCAUGUCCAUUUGUGAAGAAGAGUCCGCGAGAUUUCAUACUCGGAGAACAUUCCGUUGACGUAUACUACAACUACUCCUAGAUUUUUACUCUGCUUGCUUGCUUGGUUGCUUGCGAGCCGAACAA